GUUUCAUAGUUUAAAAAGCGUGUGGCUCGACCGUUACAGAGAAAGGGAGGCGCCUACUGCGUUUUUAAAACUGAUGUUUGGAAAGUAACAAACCACCUAUCCCAAGAGCGUCUCCUUUAAAACCGGCCUCUUGUUUGUGGAAGUUUCCAAGAUGGCGCAGCGUCUGAACGCACCAGACGGGGGUAGCAAGAAGAACUCCACGGUUCGUGUGGCGGUGCGCCUGAGGCCUUACAUGAACAGACAAGAUGAAAAAGGCGAAGGGCCGUGUGUCCGAGGCCUGGACUCUCAGAACCUGGAGAUAAUUAACUGGAGGAAUGCGACGGAGACCGUGAAAUAUCAUUUUGAUGCUUUUCAUGGAGAACAGACAUCGCAGCAAGAGGUUUUCCUUUCUUCGGUGAAGCCUAUCCUGUCACACAUUUUAAACGGACAAAACGCCAGUGUGUUUGCUUAUGGGCCAACAGGGGCUGGCAAGACUCACACCAUGUUGGGAACAAGGGAGCAGCCAGGCGUGAUCCCCCGAGCAGUACGUGAGGUUUUUAAUCUGGUCAACGCUAAGGACGAGGAUGAAGGAUGGGAUUACAGGAUUGGCAUGUCAUAUCUGGAAAUUUACAAUGAAAAGGUUCUAGAUCUUCUGUCACCAAGCUCCCAGGAUUUGCCGAUCAGAGAGGACAAGGACAAGAAUAUCCUCAUUCCCGGUCUCACCAACACGACAAUCUCUUCUUUCUCGGAUUUUGACAAACACUUUGUCCCCGCCACCCUCAACCGCACCACAGCGUCUACAAAGUUAAACCAGCGGUCCAGUCGCAGUCACGCCAUUCUGCUCAUCAAGGUUGUUCGGACUCAGCGGACCGUACCCCACCGCCAGCAGACGGGCAAACUGUACUUGGUGGACCUGGCUGGCUCUGAGGACAACCGGCGCACCGGUAACCAGGGGAUCCGUCUGAAGGAGAGCGGCGCCAUCAACCUGUCUCUGUUCGCCCUCAGCAAAGUGGUCGACGCCCUCAACUCUGCCACGGCCGGCCGUGUCCCCUACAGAGACAGUAAACUGACGCGCCUGCUUCAGGACUCCCUGGGCGGCUCGGCCCACUCCGUCAUGAUCACAAACAUUGCGCCGGAGUAUAAAUAUUAUUUUGACACCUUCACCGCGCUGAACUUUGCUGCCAAAUCUAAGCUGGUGGUGAACAAGCCCUUCACAAGAGAAACUGUGGCCGUACCUGUGCUGCCAGCGAAGCGGCCCAGAGAGGAGCACGAAGGAGGAGGUUCUGGCACGGCGCCACACAAGAAGAAGCAGAAAGAUAAGAAAUCUGAGCUGGACGGCUCUGUGUCCUCAGCACAUUACCACAGUUUGUCAGAACAGUCGGUGGUGGACCGACUGAUAGCCCUGGAGAAGAUGAUCAUGUCCUGCCGGGACAAAGACGAGCAGAGCGUUCUCAGAGAUCUGGCCCGCUCACGCAAAGAGAUCCAGGAGCUGAAGGAGAAGCAGAAAGAGUUUGAAAGAACGACGGCGCGCCUCAGCGAGCGGGCGAAGGAAAACUCUACGGAGCUCCCUGCGUUUAAGAACAGCGUGGCGCCGCUGCAGAGGAACGUUACAAACCCCAACAAGCAGCGGGCCGUGGUCCAACCUCUACAAGUGUGCAAUCUCCAACCUCCUCAGCUGCUUGCAGUCAGCAAACAGUCGGUCUGCGUCAAAGAGAAGAAGAAGAAGCUGUCAGACCUGGUUGAGCCCCCGGAUGGAAAGGAGAACAUGGAGAACCCCUGGGGGUCCCAGCUGGAGGAAGCGGUGCUGGAUCAGUCCAAACAGAAAAUCCUGCACAUUCUGAACACGGGCAGCUUCAAAGAGCUGAAGGGGCUGCAGCAGAUCGGCGACAAAAAGGCCAAACUCAUUCUGGGCUGGAGGGAGAUCCACGGGCAUUUCACAAAGCUGGAAGAGCUGAUAAAGGUGGAGGGGAUGACUCAGAAGAGAUUCUCUUCCUUCAUGAAGGCAAACAUCCUGAGUGCUGUGGGAAAAUGAUUUUUGUUUUUUAUUUUUGUGCCAAGUUGGGGACAGCCACUUUAUUUUUGCUUGUUAUUGUAAUAUUUUUGUAGUAACAUCUUUUUUCCUGCUGGUAGCACACAAGUCUUUGUGUAUUUUUUUAAAUAAACCUCACCUGAACACAG